AUGGCGUAUGGCACGGUGAAGUCUUCAGUGGGCGAACAGACGUCGCCGUUCGCCCAAAGCUCUGCGCCAUCAGAUGGGCAACCAAUACUCCGCGAUGUGGAACCGGAGCAUGCUGCCGAACCGGAGCCUCGGCAGUCAUCAUGGCCGAGACUCAAGGGCUUUUACGAGAGGAACUUUGGGCUACUCCUCGUCUUCCUGGCUCAGCUAUUUGGAUCCUUGAUGACCAUGGCGACGAGGCUGCUCGAGACAGGCUUCGAGCCAAAGUUCCACGCCCUGCAGAUCAUAUUCGUCCGCAUGCUUGCCACCGCCAUACUUGGCUCGCUAUACAUGUGGAUCAAGAAGGUCCCCGACUUCCCACUCGGAAACCGUGGCGUGAGGGGUCUUCUCGUCCUCCGUGGGGCCGCUGGCUUCUUCGGCUUGUUCUGCUCGUAUUACGCGCUGGCUUAUAUCAACAUAUCCGAUGCUACCGUCAUCAGCUUCCUGGUCCCGACUCUGACAGCGUUCAUCUGCUUUGUCGCCCUGAAGGAACCAUUCACGUUGAAUGAGGCUCUAGCCGGAAUCGUUGCGUUCGUGGGAGUUCUGUUCAUUGCGCGCCCGACUUUCCUCUUCCCGGUACCAGGAUCUCCAGAGGGCGGCGCAGACGGGGAGGCCAUGCUUCUAUUCAUGGCCGGCCGACCGGAGGGCCUCGUACCUGCUGUCCCGGCGUCGCCGGCUGAGCGGUCGGUGGCAGUCAUUUGUGCGGUGCUGGGUUCGUUCGGUGCAGCUACCGCGUACUCUACCAUUCGCGUCAUCGGCAAGCGAGCGCAUUCCCUCGUCAGCGUCAACUACUUUGCUGCUGUUGCGACCGUCGGUUCGUUCUUGAUCAUCAUGAUACACCCGGACCUGGAAUUCAAGGUCCCGCAGAAUGCCGCGCAAUGGGGCUUGCUUGUUGCUAUAGGCGUGGCUGGCUUUUUACUGCAGUUUCUUUUGACCGAAGGACUACAGAGGGAGAAGGCAGGACGGGCGACAAACCUCAUUUACACACAAAUGGUCUUCGCACUAAUCAUUGAACGGGUGGUAUGGGGCACCGUUCCCGCCGGCUGGAGCUUACUGGGAAGCGCACUGAUCAUUGGGGCUGCAGUCUGGGUCAGUUUGCAGAAAACGAAAGUUCAGGCCUUGCCAGCCAAGUCCCCUGUCGUUGAUGAGGAGAGCAGCUUGCUUGGUACUGCUGCAGAUGGGGCGACACGCUCAGCUUGA